AAGCCCUCCCCCGACCGGGAGCCCGCGGGCCGCUCGCGGGCGGGAAAGGCUUUCCACGCAGAGCCUUCUGGAGGGGUCUUUGCUCUCCACAGCGCAGGGGCGGGACCACGUCGACUUCCGGCCCACCCCGGAAGCGGAAGUGCAGGCACCGCGGGGUCGUGUCCACCGCGCGCCCGGCCCGCGCGCCCGCCGUCCCGCCCGGCGAUCCCUACCGCCACGGUCUCCCGCCACUGCCCCGCUCGCCGGCCCCGCCAUGCUGUCGCUAGACUUCCUGGACGAUGUGCGGCGGAUGAACAAGAGGCAGCUGUAUUAUCAAGUCCUGAAUUUUGGGAUGAUUGUCUCCUCAGCAUUGAUGAUCUGGAAGGGCUUAAUGGUAAUAACUGGAAGUGAGAGCCCCAUUGUAGUAGUGCUCAGUGGCAGCAUGGAACCUGCGUUUCACAGAGGAGACCUGCUCUUCCUGACAAAUCGAGUCGAAGACCCCAUACGAGUGGGGGAAAUUGUCGUGUUCAGGAUAGAAGGACGGGAGAUCCCCAUAGUGCACCGAGUCCUGAAGAUUCAUGAAAAGCAAAAUGGGCAUAUCAAGUUUUUAACCAAAGGAGAUAAUAAUGCUGUUGAUGAUCGAGGCCUGUAUAAACAAGGGCAGCACUGGCUGGAGAAGAAAGACGUUGUGGGGAGAGCCCGAGGAUUUGUUCCUUAUAUUGGAAUUGUGACAAUCCUCAUGAACGACUACCCCAAAUUCAAGUACGCAGUACUGUUUUUGCUGGGCUUAUUCGUGCUGGUCCACCGUGAGUAAGAAGCGAGCCUCGCCGUUCUGUUCUGGGAAGCCGCGUGCUGUGUCCUGGCUGUCUGCAGUAGAUGUUGGUCUGUGGUUGGUGGAGAGGAGCACACGGGGUGCUUCUUGGAGCACCGUGCGCGUUAUUAGUUUAUGUUUCCACGCCAGAAUGCGUGUGGGCGGGCACGUGGGUGCCACGUGUGCCCGCGAGGGGACGUCCAGUCAUGGGACUUCACACCUUGUCAUCGCCCCACUCACAUUUUGUAUAUCCGUGGAUUUUUUUAUAUUAAACGGUUGAGCCAAAGCCCCCAGUGUUUGUAUUGCGAAGCCCAGCUUCACUUCUAAAGUGCCUCAGCGUGCUGCACACGAAAGUGCAGCUCUGCAGAGUGGACGACUGCCCCGCGCUGCCACGCGCGUCCAUGAGGGCGGCGCCAAGUCUUAACUUUUCCAAUUUCAAAUAAAAGACUUUGCACAUUUAA